ACUUGACAUUGACAAUCGAGCGGCAUUUGUGGCUUACGUGUUAUAAAAGUCUAAGAAAUUCAAAGAAUUAUAUUUGGUUCUUAUAACUACAAAAUGACUUCAGUUGUAUCUGUAAUUCCUAAACUUUACCAGGAGUACACUAACAAAACCCCAAAGAAGCUCAAAAUUAUCGAUGCUUAUUUACUUUAUAUAUUUUUGACUGCUGUUAUCCAGUUCGCUUACUGUUGUCUUGUCGGCACAUUUCCCUUUAAUUCAUUCCUGAGUGGUUUUAUUUCUACUGUGAGCUGUUUCGUUCUAGCAGUGUGCCUGAGGUUGCAAGUAAACCCUGAGAACAAGACAGAGUUCCUGGGCCUGAGUCCGGAGCGGGGUUUCGCAGAUUUCAUCUUUGCUCAUCUUGUCCUGCACAUUGUCGUCAUCAACUUCAUAGGUUAAAAUAAUAAUAUGUUACUAAUAUUAUAUUUUAUGUUCACAAAUUUGCUCUAAUAUUACAAAAAAUGGUGUCUUAUGUGGAAUAAAAACAAACUUUUCCAUUAGUAAUGUUUUAUUUUGACUAGUUUUGAAUCAAUUUUAAAACAAUGUAUUUUAUACCGAGUAGUGUAACAACAGUUAACCUAUCUUAUAAUAACUGUAAAUGUAUGGUCAACUUAUUUAAAGUAUAUAAAUAAGUACCUUGCAAUGUAAUGGCCUUUGUUUUUACACAACUUUUCUGUUAAAUUCAAAAUAUUGUCAACCCCAUAAUCAUUAUCUUCCAAGGAUUAAAUUCCAAUGAUAAAAUCAAUUGCAAUUUAAAUAAAAUUUUACUUAAAAAGUAAACUGCAAUUUAAAGUGUUUCAGGUUGGAUACAGUUUUUCUUGAACAUUUACUUAGCUUAUAAUUUUGAGGGUUUCCCUUGAUAAACUUUAAACAAUAUAUGGACAUUUAGUAUCUUUUUAAAUUAUUAAAAAAAUAGCAAUUCAUAGGCCAAGACAUAAAUAAAUAAGUGAUACAUAUAAUUAAAUACAAUACAUAUAUCUAAACUUUUAAAAAAAUAAAAAUAUAUUUUUUAAAUAUUAACAAAACUUAAUUUCUAUUAUGAAAAUGAAGUACAGUGGUACCAUACUUUUUUUGUUUUUUUUUUUAAUACAUGUAAAUAAUGUACGAUAACAGACGGAGAGAACACACAUUCUACUCGAAUCACACUGCCAUAUGACAAUUUUGUUUAAGAAAUUUCUAAGGGGUUGCCAAUUGCACUCUUAUCCAUAAAUACAAUAAGCAUUAUUCCAUCUUAUUUCCUUGUCAAAUAUUAAAAAUCAAGAAAGAAAAAGCUACAUACAUAUGUCACUAAAAUGUAUGAUUGUAGUACAUUUUUUUAUGAAUAUAAAGUAUCUACAAUAAUUUAGAUUGCCAUAUGUACACAGUUGUUUCAUGUAAAAGUAGAAGACGGUUAUCUCCGUCUAAAUAAAUACAAAAAUGAAAUGUAUAAAUUUUUUUGGAACAGAUAAAUUACACAUUUAAACAUUCCUAGAGAUAAAAAAUAUGAACAGACAUAUUAUGUAUGUAGGCGAAAAUUAUUGUUUCUAGUUAAGCAUGCAAUAACAAUAAGUAAAAUAGAAAAAUACACUCUGAAAUUUUUGUAGAAAAAUAAAUAGUAGCCGUAUAAGUCGACGACAACCAACACUUGUUGGCGACGGCGAGGACAUGGACAUAGAUAACAACAAACGAUAGAUGAGUGAGUUUUUUCUUUUUUCACUUUUUUUCUUCACUCAGUUUUAGGGUUGCCUGAUGUAUAGUUAAAAAUGUUGCUUAUUUAUGGUAAAUUUCACAUUAGGCUUUGAAAUCUUUUUGAAUAAGCAAGCUCAUAUCAGAAUCUGGCAACCCUAAUCACUAAUGCUUAAAUUACGUUAAACUACAUCCAAUUUUCUAAUGAAAAUAUCACAAAAAGUGAAUAAUUACGACUA